AUGGCAAAGCUCAGGAGACCCGAGAAGAACCCCUUAGACCUCAACAACUUGCCCGAUGAUUACAAUAGGGAUGGUAAACAGGUCUUUGAGGAGGGCUCCUCCACCUCCGGCCCUACGAAAAAGAAAAGCGGCGCUACGGAUGGGAAAGAUGAGAGCGGGAAGGUCUAUGAAUGUAGGUUUUGUUCCCUCAAGUUUUGCAAAUCACAAGCUCUCGGGGGACACAUGAACCGGCACCGCCAAGAAAGGGAGACAGAGACACUGAACCGGGCUCGCCAGCUGGUCUUCAAUAACGAUAACUUGGCCUCUCAAGGGCAUCUAGGCUGCCAUCCAAGCUAUCAUCCAGGAGGCAGCUUGGGUGAUCCAACUCUACCAUUCAGAUCAAUUUACCCACCAAGAUUGUUCUCUGGUUCCUCAUCAACGCUCAUGGCACCAACAUUACAGCCACCGCAGCCAUAUUUACACCCAUCACCAUCACGGCUCAACUCCUACCCUUCCCCAUACUCAACUCACCCCAUGAACGACUAUUAUAUAGGACAUGUCCUCGGGACCAGCAGUUCAUCACAGUACCCUCAGCAAGACCUAAACUACCAAGGUGCACCGGAUUCUAACUAUACUUGCAUUGGGGCGCCUGUUGGACAUGGGUUCGGGCCUGGUUCAAGUCGGGGGCCGGACUUUGGCGGAUCAGGAGGAGGAGGUGCUGGAGGUAGAGACGUGUCACUGAGCAAUCAGGAAGAAGGACCGAAUUUGGGUAGGAGCUAUGCAGGAGGGACACAGCAGCGUUUGGAUCAUCCUUCAACGAUCAAUCGAUUUCAGGGCGGGUUCUAAAGAUUGUUUUAUCUUUUUCUUCUCCUUAAAAAAUUUUGGUUAUGUUUAUGAAGUAUUAAUCUGCUUUGACACGCCAUCCGGAGAGAGAGACUUAACAAACUGACAAAUGGG